GCAAAGAAUGUAAAGAAUGUGACAUUUUUUCCUGUAAAAUGAACAGUCAUGUUUUUAAGUCAGAUAAAACCGAACGUAAUGCUUUAUUUAGAUCUACAAAGCUUCAGGGCUUACGGGGUUUCCACAAACAUAAGGCACGUGAACCACAUGUGGGUACAAAAUGUGAAAUUUUCAAUAAAUAAAGAAACAACAAUAAAAACAUGUGGGUACAAAAUGAUGAUGAAUUGAAAUGACCCCCCACACACACAAAGUUAAUAAAGAAAAAUAAUAACAUUAAACUAAAUAAAUAAAUAAUAAUAAAGGGGAAGAUAAGUAAAUAAAAAUAAAAAAUAAUAUUCCUGGGUGUAUAUAAAACAAGAAUAUCAGUCCUCUUCAUGUAAAACCGCACGUGAAGCAGCGUCGGGGUAAAAUUACGUCAGCACGUAGAGCGCCCGCCCACCUCCCCUCCCUUACGUAACGUGCGCGCGCCGUCUCCUGUCAUCCCGGCUGGCGCUGCACCACCCAAGCCGGUGCAGCAGAAAAGUCUCCUCCGUCACCGCUGGGCUCUCCGCCAGCUGAUCUCUCAAGAAUGGGGAACAGAGACGACGAAUAUGAUUUCCUAUUUAAAGUGGUUCUGAUCGGGGAUUCUGGUGUGGGGAAGAGUAACCUGCUGUCCCGUUUCACACGUAACGAGUUUAACCUGGAGAGCAAGAGCACCAUUGGGGUGGAGUUUGCCACUCGCAGCAUCCAGGUGGAUGGAAAGACGAUAAAAGCUCAGAUAUGGGACACAGCUGGACAGGAGCGCUACAGAGCAAUCACCUCAGCAUAUUACCGGGGUGCAGUGGGGGCCCUGCUAGUCUAUGACAUUGCUAAACACCUGACGUACGAGAACGUGGAGCGCUGGCUGAAGGAGCUGAGGGACCAUGCUGACAGCAACAUCGUCAUCAUGCUGGUGGGAAACAAGAGCGACCUGCGCCACCUCAGGGCCGUGCCCACGGACGAGGCCCGCGCCUUCGCAGAAAAAAACACGCUGUCAUUCAUUGAGACAUCAGCGUUGGAUUCCACAAACGUAGAAGAAGCAUUCAAGAACAUCUUAACAGAAAUCUACCGCAUCGUGUCGCAGAAGCAGAUAGCAGACAGAUCGGCACACGACGAGUCUCCAGGCAACAAUGUGGUGGACAUCAGUGUCCCACCGACCUCUGACGGUCAGAAAGGCAACAAACUUCAGUGCUGUCAGAGUCUGUGACGCUCAGGCUGAAAAUCUUGUUUUUCAAUCAUACCCCCACAUCAGCUGUGCACUUGUUUCUCAUGAAUCUAAUUAUGGCCAUUUCUCUUUUUCCUCCACCGUUUUUGUUUAUAUAUGUAAUAUAAAAAUAGAAACCACAGGUGCUCCUCGUCUCAGAAGCCUUUAUUUCACUCGAUUGUUGGGGUUUUUGGUGGGAAGAUCCCUGCAAUGCAGGGAUGAGGCUUUCCUGUCACGGACUGCUGAACCUGAAACACAUUUUCAUGGUGAACCACUAGAUGGUGCUGCAGGAACAAACUGCAAUUAUCAGUAUUAUGCAUUUGCCAGUGACAUUUCAUCACAUCAGUAAACAUGCCAAAAUAUCUUCAUUAUGUUUGUAUUUAAAUCAUGUUUGGCUUUAUUUGUCCUACUUUUCUCUUUGUUUAGAAAUUGUAUAAAAUGACAAUAAAAUUCUUCAAUCAGUAAA